AUGCACGGCUUCAAAAAGAAGAGCUCUUCGUGGCUGUCCGGCCGGCCACGCUGCCAAGCAGAAGAGAUGUUGAUUCAGCCUCGCUCGGCCCUCCACCGCUCCAGCUCGGCCAUCCUCGCCGGCCCACCCGAACUGCGCUCGGCCACGCCCACCUUCCCCUCCCAGCACAACGGCCACCGGCCGGCGUCCCUGGCCACCCUCGAAUCACCCUCCUCAACCGUCUCCGCCCACUCGCCCCCGAAGCAGAACCAUCUGCCCCCGAUCAUCCACUCCGAUCAGGCCUUCGAUCACCCCCAGUUCCCCUCCCCCUCCUCGUCCCGCAACCCCCACAGCACCAAGCCUGCAGACCACCAUCCCGCCAGCUCAUCCACCAUCCCCCACUCGCCCCCCAAACGGGUCAUCUCCGAUGCCGACAGGGCGGCCAUCUUCCGCUGGGCGUCCAAGGAGCAGGCCCACGAGAGUGCCACCUUCCAUGGCCGCCGCCAGAAACGCACCAUCUUUGCCUCCUCCUACAGCGAGGCCCUCGACGUCACCCGCUCCGACUGGCUCGGCGAGGCGGGCCACAGCCACACCCGCAGCAGCCGCUUCCGCCUCCAGCUGCCGAUCGAUGCCGAUAAAGCCGCAGCCACCGGCAAACGCAAGAACCGGCCCCGUCUCAAACUCACCAAACACGACCUCAAACUGGUCUCCAAUACCGAAGAGAUCCUAGUGCCCAUCAGACUCGAAAUCGAGAUCGAACACUGGAAACUCAGGGACACUUUUACCUGGAACCUCAAAGAACCAGUCGUCACUCCAGAACAAUUUGCAGUCCACCUGUGCGAAGACCUGAUCCUUCCCAUCCAGCACUUCUCAGGUCCGAUCGUCAGCGCGAUCAAAGAACAGCUGGAAGAGUACAAGCUACACGAAAAUUUUGAAGGCCAUCUGGCCAGUCGGUUGAGCGUUCCUCCAGAAGAAGAAGAACCCACCGGAGCAGAUCCGGGCACCAGCUAUUUACCCCCUGAUCAUCCACAGCCGACGAGCGAUCUUCAGCAGCAACAGAAAGAAGAGGCCUGGUGGGCCGAGUGGAGGCAGCGGAUCAUGGCCAUCGAUGAUCAGACCGAGCUGAAACCGGACCUCACAACAGACCUGCCACGGGGCCCCAAGCGGCCCAAGCUCGAUCGGCCCUCCCUCCUCCCCACGGCCACCCAGUCAUCAAUCCGAUCGCGCCUGAUCGACUACAACGACCAGAACUUCAGACCCGAAACCGCAGAAGCCAUCCCGCUCUCAUCAGACCUCAGAGACGACGAACUAAGGAUCCCCAUCAACCUCGAUAUCAUCUCCGGUAAUAUCCAUCUCACCGAUCGCUUCGAAUGGGAAAUCAGCGAACUCAACAAUUCCCCAGAAGAAUUUGUCGAGGUCUAUGCUAAUGAUUUGGGCCUCGGUGGCGAAUUCAAGACAGCGAUUGCGCACUCUAUUCGCGAACAGAUCGAAACCUACGUGAAAUCAUUGGCCCUAGUGGAGCACACCAAUGGCUACCCCGUGCCAAAUGACGAGCUACGAUAUGCAUUUCUACAACGAGUCACCGAUCCGAUUCGGACAGGCCAGGUGGACGACUUCACCCCAUUCCUCAAUCUCCUCAACGCCGAAGAGCUUGAUCGUCAGGAGAAAGAGCACGAUCGAGAGGCACGCAGGAAGCGCCGACAGACUCGUAGCCGCCGAGGUAUCACUCUACCCGACCGGGAAUCCCAGCGCACCGUCCGCAGUAUCGUACCCAUCCAAGGUCUCAAGAUGGUGCUGCCCUAUCAGAACGAGAACGAGGAUUUGAUCGUGCCUAUCCAACCUGUCGCUGAACCGUUUGCCAUCGAAGAAUCGGCUGUCGAAAUACCUGAGCCAUCCGAACUCCCGCCGAAAAAACAUAUCCCCGUCAGCAAAGAAGUCCAGAUCCCUGACAGCCAGUUGGGUACACCCAACAAAGCUACCGGCAGCCGAGUCUCUCGCAGGCUGCGCGGUGCGACUGCGGAUGUUGCGCCUGCUGGCACGCCUCCCAAAACGACUGAGUCGAACCCGACAGUCGAAAAGGAUGACGCGCCCACGCCAAGCAAUGCUGGUACGCCUGUGCCCAGUGCAUCCAACAAGAAGACCAACAACAAAGCCGAUCCAUCGUCCAACGCCAAUGCGUCCAAGAAGCCCACUCCUGCCGGAUCUCGUACUCGUGGCGGGGGUGGCGGGGUCAAUUGGGAGUCUCUUGGUCUGCAUGAUCCUAUGGUCGACGGUGUUUGGCACUGCAGUAAUUGCGGCUGCCCUGAGUCGAUCGCUGUGGGCAGGCGGAAAGGAAUGGGCGGAAAAGAUACCCUUUGUGGCGAAUGUGGGAGAUACCUGCAUCGGUAUAAAAGAAACCGACCUACCCUUUACAACACUUCGGCCGACUAUCAUACGAGCCUUAAAUUGGAAGCUGACAAAGCCAAACAAGCUAUCGCCGACCAAGAAAUCGUCCGCAAGGACAAGAAUAAAGCUGAAAACCAAAACCUUCCUGCCAGUCUGAACAGCAAGAAGCGCAAAAAAGAUGGUCGGACGGGUUUGCUGCUCAAGUCGGAACAGCUUAGACGUAGUGAAGAUCGCGCUGGUAGUGUUGCGAGUAGCACCAAGAGUGCUGCUUCCAGAGAGUCUUCCCCUGUUGCAUCCGUCCGCUCAACGACUAAUGGGGGCUCGGAAAAACCUGUUCCUAAGAAACGUUCGCGCAUCCAGACAUCUUCAGAGGCUCCUCCGCCCAGCACCCGAGCACAAAAAAGCAUAUCCAAGACGAUGAUCAUCGAUUCCCCCGAGCAGAGCAACUCUCCAGACUCGAACUCACCUACCAACGCCCGAUCGCAAUCCACAUCGACCCCUCAACCCACCAAACCAGCGCGCGUCAGAAGCCGUCGGAGUAGUACGAAGACCGCCGAGAAAAACAAGAAAGGUUCUGCAAAGAACGAAGACGGCCCCGACCGCCCAGCAGGUUCGAAAUCUCCGCCCGUGAUGGGGACUCGACAGGAAAACCAGAAGAAGAAAGAGCCCCGAUCGAAGGACUCGUCCGAGAAAACCAAGAACGGGAGCAAGACCCCUGAGGAAAGCCAAGCAAAGUCCGUAACCCACCCAGGCUCUCGUUCCGGCUCAAUCUCAGGCUCAGUAGGCGGGGGCAAAAGUCUGAGGAGCGAGCCGCGACGCUCGAUGACCAACGGGCGGGUGCCGCCGCCGAUCAGCGCUGCUCUUAAGUUCGAACCGCCGGCAUGGAUGCUUGCUGCGCGCGAAAAGAUCCGCGCUGACUGGCCUUCAGACCAGGUCGAACUGAUCCCCAGGCCGAAAAGGGACGUCCUUGCUCCUGGUCAACCUCCUGUCAUCGUGGGCUGCGAUUGGAGGAUCAAGUGCAUGGAUUGUCCUGGAAAACUCUAUACCGUCGGUCCCGGCGAAUCAUUCACAAACUUCGACGUGCACUUGAAAAAUCGACAACAUCGACAAAAGGUCGAGGACAGGUUGAAAGGCUUGAAGCAACAAUCACAGGAAAUCUCCCCUACUGGUAGCACACACAGCCAGCCAGGAAUCUCGCCUACCGCAAGCUUGAAUCCUCAAGCUUCAUCAUCGACGACUUUGAAUGCUAAACAGCACCCACAACUCUCGCCGACCGACGGGUCCCAGCACUCCCAACUAUCACCCACGGCGAGUUUCCAUCGGCGGGACUCGCACGCGGGCUCGCAAGCCUCGCCGGCCGAGCACAACAGCUAUCUGAAUGGCCACAACUCGCGGCGACCGUCCGGCGCGUCGCCGAUCGUGUUCGACUCCCAGUACCAGCACAUGAUGGGCGAGAGGCCCGCCAGCAGCUAUCCCGACCCGGUCUCCUUUGCCGAGCCCGCCCGGUCUCCGGAGGACCCCGGCCGGCCGCACUCGUUGCCGCCGAUCACCACCACGCUUGCCGCCGCCGAAUCGGCCACCCAAGACCAGGCCGACCCUCCGCCCGGCGUCAACAGCGAGGCCCCUCUGGAGGGCCCCUCCGCGCCUCCUGCGCCCUCGUCGCUCGACGGCGUCGCGAUCCAGGAAAACAACGACGAGGCCGGGCCCAGUCAGUCCUCGAAAGCCGACGACGACGACGAGGAGGAGGAGGAAGGCGAGGAGGAGGGGCAGGAAACCCGGCCCGCAGUCUCCCUGCACGCCCACUACCCCGACCCCGUCCUCCCUUCGCCGAUCCCUGCUGGCGCGGCUCUGCCCGCGAAGCCGAUCCCCGGAAUGCCCGCCUUCCCGUCUCCGCCUCCGCCGUCUAUCUCUGGCCCCGCCGCGCACCACCACCUCCAGGCGGCCCCGCCCCGCCCCGGACAGCUCCACCACCACCACCUCCCCGGCAUGCACUACCCACACAACGGCCCGCAGGUCCUGUCCGGCGAGGGCGGCCCCGGCUCUGCCCCUUCCUCCUCCGCGGCUCGUGCGCCAUCGGGACUUCCUGGGCCGGCUCAUGCUGCGCUGCCGCAGCCUAUGUGGCACCCCCCUCCGCCCCCUCCGUCUGCCCUCCCGGCGGCUAACGCUCUGCCGCCGCAUCCCCAGCCUCAUCCUCACCACACGCUGGUCCAUCCGUUGCCGAAGAAACCGACCUUCGAGUGA